UGCUAACGCUCCCGUGUGUGAGGUGCUGGCCCCUCUCCAGUCCUCUCUUGUCCUCGGGGCGGGGCUCCAGGGGGAAGCGGGCCGAGGCUCCGAUUGGGCAAAGCCGCAGGAGGACGUCACGGUCUUUGUCACCGUCUAGGGCAGGAAGGAGGAAGGGGGCGGGGGGGGGGGCAGCUCUCUGCCCCGCUCCGGUGGAAUGGGGUGGAAUGAGUGACGGAGGAGCUGCUGUCGCUCCCGGGGGAAGAAGGAAGUGAAAGGAGCCGAGGAGUAGGGAGAGCCCCAGGAAGGGGAGCCCACUUUAGGUGCGAGGGAGACGAUCUCAUCUGGCAACGGGCUCCAGAAGAUACCUGGAACCGCGACUCCUGUUCAGGCACGGUUCUAUGUGCUAGAUCUACACUGCAAGGGAGACCCCGGGCUAGGGGGGAGUAAUCAGACCACCCCCCUUAAAACCCCCUCCCCCCACCCCCGUAAUUGUGCGUGUCCAAGUGGAAUUCGCUUCGUUUGUGCGUUUAAAGAGCGGCCCUGAGGGUCCUAGGUGAGCUUAGUGAACUCAGGUUGAGCCCCUGCUAAUUUCACUUUGGCCGCCUAGACCUGGCCACACCGAUUGGCUGCUAAAGGUGGGUAGACUGGCCACACCGAUUGGCUGCUUCGGGUGGGUAGACUGGCCAUACCGACUGAAAGCUUCAGGUAGGGCGGAGCGCAUUUUCCCUCCUCCUCCUUCUGCUCCUGCUACUCCUCUAGUUGCCCAUGACUAAGAAGUGGGGGAAGCCCGGCUCACCCCGAGGGACAGGUGAGUCUUCUGCCUCCCACAGGAGUUGCCAUAAGACGGCUAGGAAGUACUGGUACUGAGAGCCAAGGAUGAAACUGGAACCCUAACACUCAAGACUCCUGCCCUGCCGGACCAACCGCAAGAUCUGAGCUUAAGAGAAUUAAACCAGACCUUCAUCAUGAAGAAGAUUUUAUUCAUAGAACCUGCCAUUUUCCUUAGUGCAUUUGCUUUUGUCUUUGACCACCCCACUGACAACCCAAUCAUUUAUCAGAGGAUAUGGAAGGAAACAAGCAACUAUAGCUAUAUAGAUAAUAACAAUAUUUCUGAAUGUGAAAGCAGAAAUAGCAAUCCAAUUUAUGAAAUCCAAAAGAAGAUCUCAAAAGAAAAACCUCUCUUUUUACGUCUUCAGAUAGACUUAAGUGGAUUGAUUCCCAGCAUUGUGGUUACCUUCAUUCUUUUUGUCCAACAGUGAUGAAAAAAGGACGCAAAUACCCCUCUGGUUUUGUCUUCUGUAGGUGCUCUUGCAAGCAGCAUAUGGUGUUUUUUGCUCUCAUAUUUGGGCUUACCCUAAGAACUCCUGGUAGCAUCCACCUUAAUCAGUGCAUUUUGUGGUAAUUCCUCAGCCUUUUUGGGAGGAUGCUUUGCUUAUAUAGUUGACCAAUGUAAACAAGAGAAACAGAAAACUAUACGGAUAGCCAUCAUUGACUUAAUACUUGGACUUGUUACUGGAUUAACAGGACUGUCUUCUGGUUACUUCAUCAAAGAACUUGGUUUCGUGUGGUCAUAUCUUAUUACUUCAUUGGCUCUAGCCGUUAACUUGAUAUAUAUUGUAUUUUUUCUUGAGGACCCAAUUGGUGUAUCUUCACAUCAGGAUUCUUCACGUCAUGGAGGUAAAAACUUAAAAAAAUUAUUUUUGAGAGCUUAUAUGCUUUUUAAAAACGUGCCUGGCAAACAAAGGACUUUGCUCUGUUUGCUACUUUUUACAAUGAUUACAUAUCUCUUGUAGUAAAUGGUUCAUCUCCUAUAUUUUAUCCUUUAUGAACUGAAUUCACCUCUCUGCUGGAAUGAAGUCUACAUAGGAUAUGGCUCAUCCUUAGCAAGCCUAUCUUUUUUGACUAGUUUUCUAGGGAUAUGGAUUUUUUCUUAUUGUCUUAAAGAUGUUUACAUGGUCUUCAUUGGAAUUUUGACCACUACUGGAGGAAUGGCAUUAGCUAGUUUUGCCAAAACAACGCUGAUGAUGUUGUUAGUCAGGAUCCCUUUCCUCUUUACCUUCAUGCCCUUGUCUGUUCUUCGAUCCAUGUUAUCCAAAGUGGUUCCCUCGACUGAACAAGGUACCUUGUUUGCUUGUAUUGCUUUCUUAGAGACGCUGGUUGGAGUCAUUGCAGUUUCUGCAUUCAAUGGCAUUUAUUCAGCCACCGUUGCUUGGUUUUCAGGAUUCACUUUUCUGCUCUCAGCUGGUCUUUUAUUAAUUCCAGGAAUCAGUCUAUGUGUUAUAAUGUGUACUAAUUGGCAUGAAGACCGUGAACUCCUUAUACAAGGAAAACCCGGGGAAGACGACGUAGUCAACUGAGCCAUUAUGAUUUUUUGCUUCUUCAUUAGCACUGUCAUAAUGCUCUACCUCUAUGCUAAAUGAAGUGAUGGAGCACAUGUCUAUCACACUGCUAAUUAACUAGCUGUUGACCAGAAAACAAGCCCCUACCAAUCAGGAACCAUGUUUUCUUUUUGCACUAACUUUUGUAAGAUGUUAUCUAUGCACAUUGAGCACUUAGUAUUAGAGUGAUGCUUACAAGGAUAUAUUAAUACCAAUACAGAGAUGGAAUUUUUCAGUGAGAUUUGGCCAGGG